UGACUAUUUUAAUGAAAAAAAUGUAUUAAGCUAAAUUGUUUCCAAAAAUGAUUUUGUGGCCUAUUUCACUGUUUCCCUAAUCAAUGUUUACUGUGUCCAUUGGAUAAUCUACUAUGUCCAUGAUGUCAUACCAGUACAGAAUUCUUAGCAAGAAAAUUAGUCUCUUCCUUUUCAGAUCACUAAAGGGAAUUCCUAGUUCAGAUUCUGAAUUUGUGUAUUAAUGAUCCUUUUCAUGUAAAUUGGAAAAAGACCUAAGCCAAGAGAGAAUGACAAUGUGCACGAGAACCACUUAUGCUAUUGUGAUAAAAUGUUAAGAAGAUAGGGGUCCCAAGUCCUGAAACUCAACUAGCAUACUAGCAAUGUAGGCUAAAGAUGCAGGGUCAUUUUUCAAGUGCUGUAGUACCAAGGUAGGAAGUCAGAACCCAAAAGAGAAGAAAGGGGAUGUAAAAGGAAUUAUAACGCCACUGUUUACCUUGAUGAGUAUACUGAAAUAUUCAAGAUGGAUAGCAACAGUACCAGCAAUGACUGCAGUGCUACUAAUGUGACAUUUCAGAACUCCCUCUAUGCAGGCACCUACAUCCUCAUAUUCAUCCCUGGUCUUCUGGCCAACAGUGCAGCUUUGUGGGUUCUGUGCCGCUUCAUCAGCAAAAAAAAUAAAGCCAUCAUUUUCAUGAUCAACCUCUCCGUGGCUGAUCUUGCUCAUGUACUGUCCUUACCCCUCCGGAUUUACUAUUACAUCAGCCACCACUGGCCCUUCCAGAAGGCCCUUUGCCUACUGUGCUUCUACCUGAAAUAUCUCAACAUGUAUGCAAGCAUUUGUUUCCUGACGUGCAUCAGCCUUCAGAGAUGUUUCUUUCUCCUCAAGCCCUUUAGGGCCAGAAACUGGAAACGUAGGUAUGAUGUGGGCAUCAGUGCUGCCAUCUGGAUCAUCGUGGGAACUGCCUGCUUGCCAUUUCCCCUUCUGAGAAGCACCUACUUAGGCAACAAAACUGAGUCCUGUUUUGCUGAUCUUGGUUAUAAGAAAAUGAAUGCAGUGGCUUUGGUUGGAAUGAUUACAGUUGCUGAGCUGGCAGGAUUUGUUGUCCCAGUGGUUAUCAUUGCAUGGUGUACUUGGAAAACUAUUAUAUCCCUGAGACAGCCACCAGUGGCUUUCCAAGGAAUCAGUGAGCGGCAGAAAGCACUGCGGAUGGUUUUUAUGUGUGCUGCAGUCUUUUUCAUCUGCUUCACUCCUUACCAUAUUAACUUUAUUUUUUACACUAUGGUGAAGGAAACCAUCAUUAGUAGUUGUCCCAUUGUCCAAAGCACACUUUAUUUCCACCCUUUUUGUCUGUGCCUUGCCAGUCUCUGCUGUCUUUUGGAUCCAAUUCUCUAUUAUUUCAUGGCCUCAGAGUUCCGUGACCAGCUAUCUCGCCAUGGAAGCUCUGUGAUCCGUUCCCGCCUUAUGAGCAGAGAGAGUGGUUCAUCAAUGGUUAGCUAAACAUAAAAUAACUCUUCAGUUAUGAAUUUAACUAUGUUUCCUAGCUUUUCCCAAAGGCCAGAAUAACCAGACAAUUUGUUUAAUGGAAAUUUAUGAACAAUGGAAGUCUUGUUGUGUAAUAGUUGUGGUCACAGGGAUGUAAUGGGGAUGACGGUGUGUAAGAAAUGUGGGAGGGGUAGGGAAAAUAGAAUUUGCCAGUUUUCUCUUUGAAAUUCAAGAUACGUUCUUAAGAGACCUAGCUCAAAUUUUACAGAUGUUUUCAAUCAAAAAUUAGAUAUUUUAUCCUAAACAUUUUAGUAAAUAUAUUGUUAAUAAGAUGCAAUAAAUACACAAUUCUUUUCCCAAACUGCAAAUCUCUUUUAUAUGAAGACUUUUAAUUGUGAAUGAGAAUAAAAUUCUUCAGUUUUUCUAAGAAAUAAAUGCACAGGUAAGGGGGGAGUGACAACUGAAGUAGUGUAUGCAUAAAUUUCAGGGCCAUAAACCUAAUACUGAAUAAAGGGCAUGGAAAUUUUUCCAUUCACUGAAAAUAUACUGGAUGCCUAUUAUAUUCUGGGUUAUCAAUUUCUUAGGUACUGUCACAAUAUAGCAAGCAUCUCAUCUGACCCUUCUAAUAAACUUGUGGAAAUUUCCAAUACAAAUGAGUAAGUAGAACCUCAGAAAGGGAAGUAACUUGCCUGAGGAUAAACAGUGAUGAGGUAAAAUUAGUUCUGUAUAUACCGCAUAUGCUUAAAUUGUUCCCUCUAUUUGUGUUGUUACUUUUACUAAGUCAACAUUAAACUUGAGAUAAAUGGUGAA